AGAAGAGCAGGAACCGGUUCAGGACACAGACACAUGAAGAUGUGACACAAUGUGACAUAAAAUAACACGCGUUGUGUCUUAUCACCGUCUUUAUAUUGGUAUUUUUGAACUAUCGUUUGUUCCAAGACGAUGUCAGAACCUAAAGAUCCAUCGGUGCCGCUCCAGUUUGUGUAUACUGACCGGGACUUUGUCACAGACGUAUGUCGCAGCAGUGGAAACAGUACCGGGAAGCCUUCGUCGCUUGCACAGUUUGACACACUUCUUCAAACCGGCUGGACAGACAGAAUGGAGCGGGGACUGUUUCGCUAUAAUCUGGGUGAUUUACAGACGCGUGUCAUUCCGGGCUCACGUAGCUUUGUGGCUCAGUUGAAUAUUCAAAGAGGAACAGAGAAAAGAAAGCCUCAGGAGAUACUGAGCAUUAAGCAGGAGUUCAAUCCGAGACAGUUUCAUUUUAACAAAAUCAAUCCAGAAGAAAUCCUUUUUGAAAUGAUCAAGGACACAGACGGGGGCACAGCUUUGCAAAACGGUGGACAGUUGCUUCAGCCAAGUAGGAUGACCGUGCUGGUCAAUGUCAGUCCUCUGGAGUUUGGACACUGUCUCUUUGUUCCUGAUCCGUCACGCUGUUUACCGCAGGUUCUGACUCGUUUCACCAUCCAGGUUGGAAUAGAAUCUGUGCUCCUGAGUUCUGGCACUGGCUUUCGUGUGGGUUUCAACAGUCUGGGAGGAUUUGCAUCCGUCAAUCAUUUACACCUUCAUGGCUAUUACAUGGACCACGAGCUCAAGAUAGAAUCUAUGAAGGUCAAGCCGCUAGUUCCUGAAAAGGGUUUUUAUCGAAUGUGUGACUUUUCGGCAGGUUUUUUGUUUUACACAGAGUCAGAGGAGGUGGAGGACGUUGCCAGAGCCAUUUGUGAAGUGACAGACUUCCUGGUGGAUGGCAACAUCGCUCACAACCUGUUCUUGACUAGAGGAUGUCCACCCUGUGAUCACAUCGAGAGCGAAGAUAAUGUGUGCGUAAGAAAAGGUGUUCGUAUUGCUGUGUGGCCCAGGCUGUCUUGUUUUGGUGCCAAAGAGGACUCGGCCUUCAACGUUGCUCUUUGUGAGCUGGCUGGACAUUUACCUUUUAAGAACAACAGGGACUAUGAGCUCUCUACUGAGAAAGAUGUGACCGAUAUCAUUCAGAAGUACCUUCUGCCAGAGGAUGGGAUGCAAGCCUUAGAACAGCAGCUUACUCGUCUGUUACUGGGUUUCUAAAUCCUGUAUUAAUAAUCCCCUGAAAUAGAUGCCGGCAGAGAUUUCAGUCUUGAGCGUUUCAUGUUUUGGAACAUAAAUUAAGAAAAUGAUGCAUCUAGCCUAAAUAUAGGAUGUGCACAUCACUACUGAAUACAGCUACACUAAACCAUAAAGGGGGAUUAUACAUUAAGUUUUAUUAUUUGUGACAUUAUGGAUUUUUAAACAGCUGAUGUAUUUUACUGAAACUUUGUUAAAAUAAAGUUAGAAAACCACUUUACAAAAUUUUUAUUUGAUUUUCCGCAACAGACAUUCUGGCUUGUUUGUUGUUUGGUUUGAACUUGCUCAUGUUACUGCACUGUUGUGACUUACCCUUACCUUUAUUAAGAUCGGUUAAUAAAUAUCUGCAAAGAAGGGGCUACAA